AUGGAAUCGACGAUGGACAAAGACCUCGAGAAAGCGCCAGAAAUCAUGGCCGAUCCUCCUUCCAGUCACGAAUCAAACGGGCAGAGCGAGGACAAGGCUGAGGCAGCUGGUGGUGACGCUGUCCCGGUGACUCAGGCUGUGAAUCCAAUGGACCCGUCGCAGUUUCCUGAGGGAGGAAUCAAGGCAUGGACCGUCGUGUUUGGGGCUGCAUGCGGUAUCUUUGUCAGUUUCGGCUGGAUCAACUGCAUCGGUGUCUUUCAGGAAUACUACGAAUCGCAUCAACUCAAGGACUACUCGUCCCAGGAAAUCGCCUGGAUUCCGUCUCUCGAGGCAUUCAUGAUGUUCGUCGGUGGUCUCUGGGUCGGCAGAGUAUAUGACAACUAUGGCCCUCGCAUUCUCCUUAUCAUCGGCACAAUCCUGCACGUUUUUGGUCUGAUGAUGGCCUCCAUCUCGCACAAAUAUUAUCAAUUCCUGCUCUCCCAAGGCGUGUGUUCCGCAUUGGGUGCGUCGAUGAUCUUUUACCCGUCGAUGGCCUGCGUCGUCACAUGGUUCUUCCGACGCCGCUCUCUCGCAUUGGGCGUUGCGGCCACCGGAUCGAGUAUUGGCGGUGUCAUCUUCCCCGUCAUGGUUGAGAAAUUGAUCCCCCAGGUGGGAUUUGGCUGGACGAUGCGGAUCUGUGCCUUCUUGGUUCUGGGGCUGAUGAUUUUGGGGAAUAUGACUCUCGUCAGUCGCAUUCCGCCCAUGGCGAGGCCAGUGAAGCCGAUGGAUUUUGUGCGGCCAUUCAUGGAGGGAAACUUUGCCUUACUGGCAUUUGGGAGUUUCUUGUGUUUUUUGGGCCUCUUUCUCCCCUUCACCUUCAUCAUUCUCUCUGCCCGAGCGCAGGGCGUUCCGGACUCCCUCGCCAAGUAUUUGGUCGCAAUCCUGAACGCCGCCAGCACAUUCGGACGGACCAUCCCUCCGUUCUUCGCCGAUCGGCUCGGCCGCUUUACGGUUUUCCUUUCCGUCACUCUCCUCUCGGCCCUCAUCACCCUCUGCCUCUGGGUUCCUGCUUCCGGCACCGCCGCCACGGUCGUUUUCUGUCUCAUCUUCGGAUUCAGCUCCGGGGCCGCAGCCAGUAUCCUACCGAGUUGCGUGGCGCAGAUCAGCCAUAUUAGUCAGAUCGGCGUGCGGACGGGAUGUUUGUUCAGUGUGGUGGCAGUGGCGGUGUUGAUUGGAUCCCCUAUUGGCGGGCAGCUGAUUGUCAACGAUGGAUACAAGAGCAUGCGAGGAUUCAGCGGUGCGAUGCUGGCAGCAGGCUUUGUGGUCUAUGCCCUGCUUUGGCUCAGGCUAGGUGGGUUAAAGGGUCAGAAGGUAUAA